AGCAUUCUAGAACAAUUUUUGCGCAAGAUAUUCAGAAAAAAAGUUGUAAAGUUUUUUUGGGAUCACCCUGUAGAUUGAUAUCUAAUAUUGGACUGUUCAGUUUACACAACACAUUGAUCCGUUGGCAGGACAAAGAUCCUACACUACAAGAUGGUUUACUCCUCUCUUUGAUCAGCCAAUUAAAAAAAAAAAUAGUGUCCUCAAAUUGCCAGUUGUGCCAAUUUCCGCCGAAGGGGGUAAUCCAGGGCAUAAUGUUGUACAGGAUCUAAGACUUUCGUCGAUCCUACUUGGACCAAAGUUGCUUGGACCAAAGAUUCAUCAUGUACAAUCUUUGCUUGGACCAAUUGGACGGACGGACUGAGUAUCGACAGAGAGCGGUAUCGAUCCUUUCAUUCUAAGAGAAAAUUAUUAGAGUUACAUCCCCUGAUUAAUGUAAACAUGUUAUUCAAUAAAAUAACCCAGGCCUUGUAAAAUCCUCGCUCAUCGUACAGCAAAGCAAAUGAGGUCAAUCAGGUUUCAUAACGUCCAGACGAUUUUAUUAUAGAUAGAUCUAGUCACGUGUGUUUUAUAAUUGCCCAUAUCCUGCAGUAUAAGAAGGCUUCAGAGCUGCCAGUCAAUCGAUCACAUUGCACAAGUUACGUAUAUUACCUUUUUUCUACAUCAUUGGUCUUGUCUUUGGUACACUGGACAAGUGGACUGCUGACUGCUGUACAUCUCUCAGUCUCAGUAGAUCUAGAAUCUAGAUAUCUAGAUCUAGAUCUAGACUUCUCUAGAUCUAUUUUAUAAUCCAGUCUUCAACUUCAAGUUUCAAGUGUGUCGUAUCUUUUAAGCCACUUCAACUGAAAACUCCGUGAUGGGUGAAGGUUUGUUAGACGACAACAACUUGGCCAUUUGCGCCAUUGUCACUGUGGCCAUGCAGUUCUCCUUUUUCCUGAUUGCUUGCACCUGUAAAUUCGACAAAGUAACAGACUUUGCUGGAGGGACCAACUUUGUGGUGCUUGCAGUGCUUACAUUUGGCCUUGCAGAGACUUUUGAGUACAGACAGAUUCUUGUGACUGUGUUUAUCGUUGUGUGGGGCCUCCGUCUUUCUGGCUACUUGCUGUACAGAAUCAUCAAGAUUGGAGAGGACAAUCGCUUUGACGACAAAAGAGACAACUGUCUGAAGUUUGCAGGAUUUUGGGUGUUUCAGGCAUUUUGGGUGUUCACAGUCAGCCUACCAGUAAUAUUCAUCAAUGCUCCUAUUACUGCUGACCGAAGCGAUUAUGUCACUCCUCAAGAUGGUGUUGGAAUCGUCCUGUUUAGUGUUGGACUUCUCACCGAAACUGUUGCUGAUCUGCAGAAAUUCAGCUUCAGGAAUAACCCUGCUAAUAGAGGGCAAUGGUGUGCUACAGGAUUGUGGCAUUUUUCCCGCCAUCCCAACUACUUCGGUGAGAUCUGCGUUUGGCUGGGUGUCUUCAUUAUCAGCACAAGCAUUCUGGAGGAUGGGCAAUGGGCGGCAGUUCUAAGCCCCAUCUUCACCAUCAGUAUCUUACUUUUCCUCAGUGGUAUACCCCUGCUGGAGCAAAAGUCAGAUGAGAGAUAUCGCAGCAAUGCUGAUUAUGUGGCAUACAAGAACAGGACCUCUCCUUUGGUGCUACUCCCGCCCCCGUUGUACGCCGUGCUACCCUCCUGCAUGAAGUGCUGCUUCUGCUGUGAGUUCCCUCUGUACAACCACCUGAAUGAUGAAGAGCAGAGCAUUACCCAGGCUGUGAACAAACAAAGUGGGGAGCCGGUUACAGAACAGCCAGGGAACGAGAAAGUGUAAGGGCAUCUUUGUAAUGUAGAUUCUGCAUUAGAAGGCCAUGUCACAUUCCAGCUGCUGGCCUACAGAGUAGAUGGCCCAGGUUCAAAUCUCCAAUGGGGCUGUUCUACACUUGGGUUGUUUUUGGGGGAGUUUUUAAGGUUCUCCACCCUUUUGGCUUUCUCAUAUUGGAGAUGGAUGUUUCAUUCAGAGGUCUUUAAUAAACUCACAAUGUUGAAUGGAUUGUGAAACCUUUAUAAUGACCAAUCACAUUCCAGCUAUCAGUUGAUCAAUCAGUGUGCUUAGUGUCAUAUGUUACAGUAUUCUUAUGUGAUUAAGUCAUGGGGGGGGGGGGG